CCCCCCGACGAGAGAGAUUACCGGCGGCGGCGAUGUCGUCGGUGUCGGCGUCGUCGUCGGCGCGGCGGCCGCCGAGGAGGGCGGCGUCGGUGGCUUCGUACGACGAGUCCCUGGUGGACGCGGAGCUGGAGUCCUACCUCGGGAACGAACGGUCGCGGCGGAUCAAGCGGCUGCGCCGCCUCUCCGCCGACGAGCGGCAGCGGGAGACGGAGACGGAGGCGCUGAUAGCGCUCUCGCUCGGGUUCCCCAUCGACGAGCUGCUCCCCGCCGAGCGGCCGCUCCUGCCGCCCUUCGUCGCCGCCGCCCCCAACGACUACAUCGUCGUCCGCAACCACAUCCUCGCGUCCUGGCGCGCCGACCCGCGGGUGCCGCUCCCGCGGGCGCGCGUCCAGGAGACCGUCGCCGCCACCUACGACCACCUCGUCGCCGUCGCCCACGGAUACCUCGCCCGCGAGGGCCACAUCAACUUCGGCGUCUCGGCCGCCUUCCCCGCUGCCCCACCCCCAGAUGCGCCGCAGCGCCCCGCGGCCUCCGUGCUCGUCGUCGGCGCCGGCCUCGCUGGCCUCGCCGCCGCGCGCCAGCUUCUCCGCUUCGGCCUCCGCGUGCUCGUCCUCGAGGGCCGCGCGCGCCCCGGCGGCCGCGUCUACACCUCUCGUCUCGGCGAGGACCAGGCCGCCGUCGAGCUCGGAGGGAGCGUCAUUACCGGCAUCCACGCCAAUCCGCUCGGCGUGCUCGCCCGGCAGCUAGGGAUUCCUCUCCAUAAGGUGCGUGAUAGGUGCCCGCUGUACCACCACGACGGCCAGGCCGUGGACACGAAGCUGGAUAGGAGCAUGGAUCUGGUGUUCAACAAGCUUCUAGAGCACGCCACCAGGCUGCGCGAGUAUCUCAAGGCGUCCGCCGAGAAGAUCUCGCUGGGGGAAGGGAUUGAGAGGCUGAGACGCCUGUACAAAGUAGCGACAAGCGAUGAGGAGAGGGAGGUUUUGGACUGGCAUUUGGCAAACCUUGAAUUCUCCAAUGCCGGUUGUCUAUCGGAUCUCUCGCUCGCGCAUUGGGACCAGGAUGACCAGUAUGAGAUGGGUGGAGACCAUUGCUUCCUGGCCGGAGGGAACUCAAGGCUGGUACAUGCGUUAUGCGAUGGUGUGCCAGUGUUGUAUGAGAAGACAGUGAAGCAGAUUGAGCAUGGCGAGGAUGGGGUGAGCAUCACAGUGGAAGGAGAUCAGGUUUUCAAGGCUGACAUGGCACUCUGCACUGUUCCACUUGGAGUGCUGAAGAGUAGGAGCAUCAUGUUUGAACCAGAGUUGCCGGAAAGGAAGCUUGAAGCAAUCCAAAGGUUGGGGUUUGGGUUGUUGAAUAAAGUAGCCAUGGUGUUUCCUCAUGUAUUUUGGGAUGAGGAGAUUGAUACGUUUGGGUGUGUGAAUAAGGAGAGGAGCAAGCGUGGUGAGUUCUUUCUCUUCUACAGCUACCAUACUGUCUCUGGUGGUCCAGUACUUAUCGCACUUGUUGCGGGAGAAGCUGCUUUGGAGUUUGAAAAGGUUGAUCCUGCUGUAGCACUUCAUAGGGUACUUGGUAUUCUUAAAGGUAUCUAUGGUCCCAAAGGUGUUACAGUGCCUGAUCCCAUUCAAUCAUGUUGCACAAGUUGGGGUAGUGAUCCUCUCUGCGCAGGUUCCUAUUCUCACAUCAGAGUUGGGUCUUCUGGUGCUGACUACGAUAUUCUAGCUGAGAGUGUUAAUGACCAGCUAUUCUUUGCUGGAGAAGCAACAAAUCGUGCAUACCCUGCAACAAUGCAUGGAGCUUUAUUGAGUGGACUAAGGGAAGCCUCCAAGAUUCUUUGUGCUUCAGAAAAUAGAGUUAAUUCUGAUUAUAAGAAGUAUGCUCUGCAGAAAAGCAUUAGGCCUGUAGAUGGAGUACUGGAUGACCUGUUCAUGGAGCCAGAUCUAGAAUGUGGAAGAUUCUCAUUUGUGUUCUCGUUUAUUACGCCUGAGGAACAACAGGCUCCAGGAUUGGUUAGGAUUACACUUGAGAAGCAUCUGUUUCCGCCUUCCAAGAAACGCAAAGUAAAGGGCAAAAAGAACGAUCAGGAGCCUGCAGCUGAGAAGAUAGACCAGCAGGUGUUCCAUUUAUACGCUACUGUCUCUCAAGAGCAGGCAACUGAAUUGAUGGCAAGCGAAGAUGAUAAAAGUAGAAUAGCAUUUUUAUGCAAAGACCUUGGUGCAAAACUGAUGGGUUACGACAGUACAUGCAACGUAGUUAGUUCUCUGAUUUCUGGCAUCUUGAGAGCUCGGAAAGCCAGGAAAAGGUUGGAAGGCUCAAAGAACUUUAAACUCCCACUUUAAUCUGUACCACUUCUUUGUUUGUAGAAGAGAACCCAUUUUUCUUUUGGUUUGGGCCAAAAAUUGGCUUAUAGACUGUUCUGUAGUGUAGAAACUUAUUAGAUGUGUGCAGGAAACGACAUCCUUCCUGCCAUUUGUAGCAUGGUAGUAGUCAUGAUCAGUCAUGUGGCCUCCCUUAGUAGAUAACAUCGAUAUUUUCCAUGGAUAGUUUGGCUGCAGGCAUUGGUUGUUAGGGAGGCUACUAUUGUCUUCGUCUUUGCCUUAUUUCUGGAUGAUGAUGGUGCUGUACUGGUA